ACAGCAGAAUUUCAGGAGAUCCUGACAGAAAUAGAAAUUUUAGCUUUGAUUGUUGGAUGUUUAUGCCAUGAUCUUGAUCACAGAGGAACAAACAAUGCAUUUCAAGCUAAAAUUGGUUCUGCUUUAGCUCAGCUCUAUGGGACAUCUGCUACUCUGGAGCAUCACCAUUUCAACCAUGCUGUAAUGAUUCUUCAGAGUGAGGGUCACAACAUAUUUGCUAAUUUGUCCUCCAAGGAUUACAGUGAUCUUAUGCAGCUUCUGAAGAAGUCAAUACUGGCCACAGACCUCACUCUCUAUUUUGAGUAA